AUGACUUCAACAAAAAAAUCACAAAAUAUCUUUGCUCAUAGUCCAUCAUUACAAUUACUUUGGAAAUGUGCUAGUCAACGACGUUUAGUAACUAGAACAUUAAUAAAUUCAGCUAGUUUUAAAUCUAUAUAUAAAGAUGUUAUUCAAUAUGUUAAUUCAAAAACUCGUCGUCGUUCACCAUUAGCUCUUAUUCUUGAUAGUCAUCUUAUGCUUGGUCUUGUUUAUGUUUAUUCGAAAAGUGUUUUAUUAUGGCAUCUCGAUGUUGAAAAAUUAUAUAAAGAUGCUGUUGUACAUCGAUUUUUUGAAUUUGAUGGUCCAACUAAAUUGAAAUUAACACGUAAAAAAGAAGCAGUUUUAACUGGUACACAAUGGCAUAUUGAUAUUGAUGAAAAUUUAUUACCUGAUGAAAGAAUUUUAUUAGAAAGAGAUUUUUCUAUUGAAAUUCCACGUCAAGUAACACCACCAGAAGUUGUUGAAUCACCAGAUAAUUUACCACCAUUACCAUGGGAAGUUUCUAAGCCAACUCAUGGAAAACGUAUUACAUUAUUACCUGAUAUUGAAGAACCAAUGCCAAAAUUUGAUAUAAUUGAUGAUCGUUUUGGUGAACCAUUACCAGUUCCACCGACAACAGCUAUGGAUAUUGAUGAGCGUUAUGAUCGAACAUUUUUUCAUGCUGAACCUGAAGAUCGAAGUAAAGAAUUACUUCAAGCACCACGUAUUGAUCGACAUAUAGGUGCAACUGAUCGUUAUGUACAUCCAAGUGAAGAUCGAACUAUUGAUGAACAUCGUCGAGCACGUUCAGUAACAUCUAUUUUACCACCAUUAUCAAUGCCACUUAUGGAUACAACAUCUAUUGAACCUGAACGUCCAACAAUUGUUACACGUGAUCAAUUUUCUAUUGAUGCACUUGCUUUUAUUACAAGUGCUAUUGAUACAUAUCCAAUCUAUGAUUCAAUGCCAACAAAAACUAUUUUACUUGGUGCUGAUUGUAUUCCAAGUAGUAGUGUUCCUUUAAUUUUUGUUCAAGAACCAACAGUAAUUGGUGCAGAUGAAAUGGUUAUGCAAAUGGAUACAUUACCUCCAUUAGAUCAACAAUUACCAACUGAAGUACCAGUAGUUCCAGGCAUUGAUGCUCAAGUACCUGAUAUAGUAAUGAAAUUAGCUGAUGAAAAAAAAUAUUUUCAUAUUUCAAAAAAGAAACGUAAUACACCAAAUGCAUUAAAUAAAAAACGAAAAAAUUUAUCACUUUAUCAAAAUAUUAGUGAAUUUGAUUAUGAUAUAUUAGAAUCAAUUCUAGAAGAAGAAGAACAAGAAUUUGAAAGAAAUAAGCAACAACAAAAACCAUGGUCAACAUUAGUUGGUCGAAAUGGUACAAAACGAAUGAAUAAAUUAUUGAAUAAAGCUAAAACUGCAAUUACUAGUACCAAUUUUAGUGCAAUUAUUGAUGAUAUUAUAAACAUAGCAAAAGUAUUAACUAAUCCAGAUGAACGUGAUGUUCUUGCUCAAGUACGUCGUACAGGUCAAGAAAUGGCUAUUCGACGAGGUCAAUCGAGUGGUCUUUUACCUAAAGCAGGUACACGAUCACCAUCAUCAAUUGUACCAACAGCACAAGAUCGUGUGUCAGAAUUACCAGUAAGAACAAGUGAUGGUGAUAUUCUUCCACCAUUACCAAGUGGUUUUGAUGAUCUUCAAUUAUUAUUACCACCAUUGGAACCUCCAGCUGAUAUUCGACAACCAUUGUCACCAUUACAAACAAAACGACGAGGACGACCAACAAUAACAACACCUGUUGAACCAUCACCAACUUGGCUUGAAAAACAAAAACAAAAAGCUAUUGAUGAUAUUCUCAAUCUUGCUGAUAAUCCAAAUGGUGGUUCAUUUAAUCAGUUUCUUAAACGAUCAGAUAUAACUCGAAUUCAAGCAGCUCGUCUUUUUGGUUUAUUACUUGUGCUUUGUGGUGAAGGACGAAUAAAAGUUUAUCAAAAAGAACCAUACGGUGAAAUAAUUAUUUUUAUUAAUGAUACAUAUAAUCCAAUGAAACAAAUUGUACCUGAUAUACAAAAUCAAUCACAUGUUGAAACUAUGGAAAGUGAUGAUAGUCAUUUUUAA